AUGGUUCUGAUGAAUAGUAUGUAUACACCUAUUUCACCGAUCGUUGCUAAUUAUGAAGUUGCAACUUUGUGGUCGAAUAUGCGGAAGGAAAUGCAUGUGCGAGGGGUGAAUAAUAAUGUAUGGAGUCCGACUCAUUUUGUGCCUCUCUUAGCACCAAAUCAGCAAUAUGAUUUUGAUCAUAGGAAUCAAUUAUUAUUAUCAAAUGUCAAAACUCCUGAAAAGAAAACAUUUAAGAACAAUACAGUCGCUCAAAUACGCAUGCCUGAAUUUGAGUCUUCUUUCAACAGACGUGUACGUAGUGAUACCAGUAUUGAAAGUGAACACACUAAACCAACCAGCCCAAAUGCAAUCGAGCAGGCUCAGGCGGACACAGAAGAAGAACAUGAAAACCGACUUUCUCUUCUGAGAGAACGUGCACGUCUAAGACGAGUUAAUCAGACGGAGGAACAACGUCAAAAUCGACUUGCGAAAGACAGAGAACGAGCUCGAUCUAGACGAGAAAGUCAAGCUGAAGAGCAACGACAAAGUCGACUCGAGCAAAAGAAAGAACGAACUCGAUCCAGACGACGAAAUGAAACAGAUGAUGAAUAUCAGUUAAGGAUCAAUUAUCAAAGGGAUCGAAGUCGAGCCUAA